AUGGAUCAUAACCCAUUGGGCCCCGAAGACCAUUUCCCUAAGGCUCAGCACAUGGAGAUGGAUGAUGACCCAGAUCCCGCCGAACCACCAUCUGGGACACCGACUCACCCCAUCGAGAUUUCGGAUCGGUCGUCUUUUCGUGGAUCACCUUAUCGUGGUCCAGACAGCUAUGAGGCAAGCAUCCCUCAGCAUUCAAGUGGCAGUCAUUACCCGCCACUAUAUGAAGACCCACAGAUGGGUGGGCCUUCAAACCCCGUUUCCGAGGUGGACUCUACGCUAGUCGCACCACCACCAAUGGGUUAUGAUAACCCGAUACCUUCAUACGCCGGUGCAGCGGCGUAUAACCCCUUUGAGCAGCCAGCCCAUACUAACUACAACUACGCCGAAGUUGACCCAUACCUUGUAGCGGCGAACUACAAUGCUCUUCAUCCCGAGGGGCCCUAUGGAGUCCCAUAUCAAACUGGGUACUCGACCUAUGGGUACCAAUACCCGCCACCUCCUCAACCUCCACAGCAACAACAGCGGCAGCCGCCGCAGAUCUAA